AAGCGGAAGCGGAAGUGACGAGUGCAUGCUACUGAAAGUUAGCAUUGUCGUUUCAACCGUAGCUCCCAGACUUGGUGACGUGCUUGUAGUGUAUUAACCGUGUUCAUAGAUUAGUCACUUGCAUUUGUAUGAAUGUUUUAAUGCGCUCAAGCAGGUAAAGUGAAUGUGUUUCGCUAACUAGCGACAACUACUGAGCUAGCGUUAGCUUAGCGGCAUCGUUAGCUUAGCGGCAUCGUUAGCUUAGUUGUUGCUACUGCUUUGUUGACGCCUGGCUGCAGAGGAGGUAGUGAAGCUGCAUCAUGGCGGACCCUGCACGAAUGAAAACAACUGAGGACAAAUCCGCGAGGAAAGCCUCAGAGGAUCAUCCCAAAUCAGAAGAAUCCGAAGAUGCAAAAGAAAAAUCAUCCCAUGAAAGCAAGGAGUCGUCCUCGCAGGAUCAGUCCAAAGAGGAGGUGAAAGAUGAAACAGCAGCUGGAGAAGAUGAGGAGGAAGGAACCUCCGGCCAGUCUGGUGCCAAAAGACUGAAGGUGGAACCAGAGAAGAAGAAGGAGAAACGUCUCAAGGUUGAUGAGGACGAAAUACAGAAGAUGCAGGUUCUGGUGUCGUCCUUUUCUGAAGAACAGCUGAAUCGCUAUGAGAUGUACAGACGAUCGGCCUUCCCCAAGGCCGCUAUUAAGAGGCUGAUCCAGUCCAUAACCGGAUCAUCUGUGUCUCAGAACGUAGUGAUCGCCAUGUCUGGUAUUUCAAAGGUUUUUGCCGGGGAAAUUGUUGAGGAAGCGUUGGAUGUUUGUGAGAAGUGGGGAGAGACACCACCUCUACAGCCCAAACACAUGAGGGAAGCCGUGAGGAGGUUGAAGAGCAGAGAUCAAAUUCCCAACACCAAGUUUAAGAACAUUGUCUUUCACUGAGGCACCAGAGUUUUACAUCGUUUGGGGAUCAUGGAGACGGAGGAUCGGCUGUGAUUAAAACAUUGGGCCAUCUCGUGUCAAAGUCCUGUUAAAAAACACUUUAAUGAUCCUGCAGCCGACCAGGGGCUGAUCAUUCUCUAGCUCAGUGUUGACUGCAGCACUGAACAAUAAGCAGAAGACUAAACCUGCCAUUCACCUCUAUCUGUCAAAGCUUAAUGUUACAUUUGAAUAAUUCUAUUGAUGUAUUAUGGUUGUAAAUAAAGUUUUAUACUCGAAAACCAGUAA